AUUUUCUCUAAGGAAACGUCCGUCAUUGAACAUGGUCCUCCUUUUCCGCGUGUAGUGGCUAGUUGGUGGGUUCCAAGUAAAACCAGUCCGGUAUUUUCCCGUCAUAAUGGCUUCUACUGGUGGAACCCUGGACUCUCCCGUGAAGCAGAUUCAGAUCGAUGGUUUGGUGGUGCUGAAGAUCAUCAAACACUACCAGGAAGAGGGCCAGGGCAGUGAAGUGGUUCAGGGCGUCUUGCUGGGCUUGGUGGUUGAUGACCGGUUGGAGAUCACCAACUGUUUCCCCUUCCCGCAGCACACUGAGGAUGAUGCAGAUUUUGAUGAAGUCCAGUACCAGAUGGAGAUGAUGCGUUCUCUGCGUCAUGUUAACAUCGACCAUCUGCAUGUGGGAUGGUACCAAUCCACCUACUAUGGUUCCUUUGUCAGCAGAGCCUUGCUGGACUCACAGUUCAGCUACCAGCAUGCCAUUGAGGAGUCUGUUGUGCUUAUAUAUGACCCAAUAAAGACGGCCCAAGGAUCGCUGUCUCUGAAGGCUUACAGGCUGACUCCAAAACUAAUGGAGAUUUGCAAGGAGAAAGAUUUCACACCUGAAGGAUUGAAGAAGGCUAACAUUGGCUUUGAUCACAUGUUCGAGGAGGUUCCCAUUGUCAUCAAAAAUUCUCAUCUUAUCAAUGUACUGAUGUGGGAGCUGGAGGACAAGUCCACAGUCGCUGACAAACACGAACUACUCAACCUCUCCAGCAGUAACCAUUUGGAGAAGAGCCUUCAGCUCCUGAUGGACAGGGUGGAUGACAUGAACCAAGACAUAGUCAAGUACAACACCUACAGCCGAAAUCUGAGCAAACAGCAGCAGCAGAAGCACCAGUACCUCCAAAGGCGACAGCAGGAAAACGUCCAGCGACAGAGCAGAGGAGAGGCACCCUUGCCUGAAGAGGAUAUCAGCAAAAUGUUCAAGCCUCCUCAGCCCCCACCUCGCAUGGACACACUUCUUAUUGCAGGGCAAAUUAACAACUAUUGCCAGAACGUGAAGGAAUUCACCUCUCAGAACCUUGGGAAGCUGUUCAUGGCGGAGGCUCUCCAAGGCCACAACUAGAUGAGACAACGGAGACGAGGGAGAAGAGGGCACAGAGCAAGAAUAAAUUACACAAAAGGCCAAGUUAAUCAGAUAGCUGAAGCGCCGUCAUGUUUAUUUCCCGAGAAUCUAUUCAUAGUUUUUACACCAUUUUGGCUACAAAUGCAUCUUUGAUUUAAGUUUGAAAAUAAAAGCAAUGCAGCUCUUCGUCUUCAGUGGCUCCUUUCACUGUUUAACACCUAAGAAAAUGGCCAAUUCAUCUAAUCUCUUAUUUAAUUCAUUCCCAUUACCACAAGUAUAUAAAUCGAAGUACCUUACUAGAAGUUCCUUCGUGGAAGUCAUUAUUUCUUGGUGAAAUAUUGCAUCAUUCCACUAUAGCACUGAUAAAUUUCCCCACCAGCCUUCCUUGAUCAACUGCAAGUGGUGUUCUUGCAAAGUGGAAGCUUUUAGGGACAGUAACUCAGUGUGUCCGACCACAAAAGUUACAGAGCGGGGUCGUUGACUACUGCUGUGUACAGUGUGAUAAAGUCACCCACACUUUGCUGACUCAAUUAGCUCAGUGUUCCAAGCCUCCUCUGGCAUUAACAUCAGCACAAAAAAAAAAAAAAAAACACACACAGAGUGUUCACCAGGUGCUUUAUGGUAUGGGAUUCUUUGGCUGGGUAUGCUGCAUGCAAGCAAGUCCUUCUGCAAUGCCAAGAAACACUUUCUGUGAAGUGACCGAUCACCAUCAUCAAGUGUGAGUUGAAGAACUAGCCCUUACUCACUGCAUUUUUUUUUAAUAUAUACUGCUGAUUAAUAAGAAUUUAGUGAUUGAUUCGAUUAUUAAUAGCGUUGUCCCAUAAUGACUUUUUAACCGAUAACCCGAUUUCGUCAACUCCAAAAAUCCGAUACCGUUACUGUAUAUGCAGUCGUGGACUUAACGUAUUAUUGCUAAUUGUAUAGUGAUGCCCCACUGGAUGCUUUAAUAAUGAUAAAUGUAACAACUUCAAGGUUUCCCGAAUAAACAUUCUGUGAAAAAAUGAGAACAACUGAAGUUGUGGGAAAAGUGCCUAUCUUGCACCACUAUAUUGUUGAAAUCGAAACAGUUCAAACUUUUUUUUUUUUUUAUCAAGUGCAAAGUGCCAUAAGGCAGUUUUUCUGUCCUCAAUAUAUUAUUAUUAUUAUUGGUUAGCCGAUAAUAUCUGACAACUCUAAUGAUUAAUACUUCAUAUCAAUCUGAUUCCUUAUCGCUUAAUGGGUGUGGGAAUUUAAAAAAUAUUUUUAACCAUUUAUUGCCAAAUGUAUCACAUUUGAUUCACCUAAAAUUUCAUGAUUUUGAGAAUAAUUCAGAAUUUUGACAGUUUUUUUGGGGGG